AGGACCCUUUUUUUUAUACUCGUAUGUACAAAAUAUCAAAACCGCCGUUAUUCCGGGAGAUUGUUAUUUUGGGAGAUACGGUAAGUUAACGGAUGUUUGAUUUUGAAACCCUCGUAUCUUUCCCUCUUAUUCAGAGAAUUCAAAUUCUCAUCACAUCACAUAGCCAAAAACCCAAAACAUCCCCAAAAUCUCAAGAAAGCAGCUACUUAGGAUCUCUUCAAUGCCUAAAACUAAACUAGCGGAAAUGUUAACGUCUUUGUGUAAAUUCUUAGCAUCUUUUUACCGAUCUACCAUGGCUUGUUUGUUUAAUUGGUUGAGGAUCAGAGUUGUUCGUGCUCGUCCAUCUUCUCCUCCCAUUUCUCAACCAAACACGGAAUCUGCUGUGUCGAGAAAUCGGAAACGACUGAAACAUUCACCAGUUUCUCAAGAAGGAAGCGAUGGGUCACCGGGUACUGAGGAGAGGUGCAAUCUUUUGGACAGUCCAAGACAGGAUCCUGAUUUUGAAGGACUAAGGGAUGAGGCCAAAUUCCUCAAAGCUUGUGGUACUAUACCAGCGACUCCUGCCGAUAUUCAUAAACCAUCAAUAAUGUUAAAUAACUUAUCUCCUAGUGGAUUUUCUGAUUCCUCAGAAUUUAAUUCAUUGCUUCCCAACACUUCUCCCCAGAACCUCAAUUUGGAGAUGGAACCUGAUCAUGAUUGUACUCCUAAUAAACAGUGUAAAGAUUGGGUGACCUGCUCUGCUUCUUCAGCUCAUGACCCUAACAGUUGUAUAAGGAAUGGGCAAAUGAUAUUCACAAGUGCUGAGAAGAAUGAUGUUGAUAAAUUUGAUACUAGUGUACAUGUUUUCACUGGUGAGACUACCAGUGUGCACAGCAGGAACAAGUCUGUUCGUUUUAACUGCCCUACCGGGACAUCUUUAUCUUCAUUGGGAAGCUCCUCAUCUGGAUCUUAUACUCAUAGCAUAGAAAAGUCUGAAUCACCUGACGAUGAAAGGAGAUCAAAGCUGUCACCUAAUCCAACACCACUAAAACUAUCUGAUGAUAUGCAAACACCCGGAACUGUUUUCCCAUCACAUAUAGGAAAAAUUGUGGUAGGAAAGAAUCCCAGGAUUAGGACUCAAUACGUUCAGGCUGUUGGGAAUGAGAUAGAAGAUUUCUCCCACUUGCGGGGGUUGAGGAAUCAUGAGUUGAAUCCUGAUCAACAGUCUGCUCACCUGAUUAAACCAUCUGAGCAGGCUAACAUUUCGACCACUGAUUCAGAAGUGAAAAAGGCUGAUAUCGCAACCCCUAGUUCAGAAGUGAGUAUGUUUAUCAGUUCAGUUGAGGAAGAGAUGAAGGUGGAACCUAGCUUGUCGUGCUGUAUGAAACCGCUGCCAUUUAAUCAAUGUGCCAAUAAUCAGUGGGUUGUAAAUUUUAAUAGUGAAGAUACAUACUUUGGCCACAAUCCUGGGGAUCGGCCUAUCUUUGGAACAGUUGCUGCUCCCUGGAAUGAAGAUGAUUCUUCUCUUAUAUCACUGAAGUCAUGGGAUGGGAACGGGAUUCCAAAUUCAACAACCAAAUACAAAGAGGAUCAGAAAGUGAGUUGGCAUGCGACACCUUUUGAGGAAAGAUUGGAAAAGGCCUUGUCUGAGAAGCAUGUUAUAACUCAGAGGAGAAAUUUAUUUAAUGGCACACCAUGCCAAGAUUUGAACUAAAACAACGAACGUGAUACUGAUUUAUUGCCCAUUAUGUUUUAAGGCUUUCACGGGAAGUGGUUCGUGAGAGAUUUACUGCAGAUUAUUGGAUAGUUAAACUAUGACCAUGAUACGGGCAAUAAUGUUUUUUCUGCAACAUCAAGGAUCCCUGUACUGUAAAUAAAGCAAAGAUCUACGUUACAGGCUUGUAUCUUGGUGAAAACUUUAGUGAUUUACUAUUCCCAGCUUUCAUGGAAAUGUUGUAUACAAGUCAAGAAAAGGUGAUGGUACCAAUUGGGAAAUUGACUGAAGUUCACAUAUUGAAGGUGAAAGAACAAAGUAAAUUUGGACAGGUUGCCAUAUAUAAAGGAAGGCACUGGCAUAUAUUUUGUUUAACGCAAAGAGUUGAAGAAUUAGUGUGUGAAGAUUCAAAUCAUAACUCAUAAUGAUCAUGAAGAAGAUCCUAACCAGUCCUCCUGCAUCGCCAUAUCAGAGAUUGAACGAGGAAGACAAAGACAAUCGUGUCCGUAAAGGUCAGAUUCCAGUGCUUGUGGGAUUGGAUAUGGAGGGCAUGGUAAGAGUAUCUGUUCCCACUAAAGUGAUGAAACAUCCCUAUAUAAUUGAAUUACUUGAAAUCGCUGCUCAAGAGUUUGGCUAUUCGCAUCAAGGAAUGUUGAGGCUACAGUGUGAAGUUUGUUCGUUUAUUAGAAUGAUUGAUUUAAUAUCCAAAAGGAAGUGAUUGAUUAGAGAUAGCUGUUAUAUAUCAUUCACUAUUUUUGAAACUUCUGAUCUUGAUGUUCAGAUUUUAGAACAAUACCGGCUCAUCUAAGUACUAUUGAUAACGAGGCUCAACUCUCAACAAUGCCUGUGCGUAUACCUGUUGGUUCAGUUUAACAGGAGUAUUAAUUAAGUCGAGCCAAUGAGUGAGUUAGCUGCGAAAGUUAGUCAGAAAUGUAUGGAUAGGAUUUGUAUCAACAUAUGCAAGUAGUAUUAGAUCAUUCUUUGAUCAUUCAGAAUGUAUGGAGAUUCGGUGAAUGAAUAAAACUCCUCACUACAGCCUUCUAUUUUA